UAAAGGAAAAUUUUUGGGAAAAUUUCCUAUCUAAAACACACCCUAAGUAAGGUGAUAGGAAAAGUUUUGAAAGAAUUAUGGUGAAAAAUAUAAUUUUAGGAAAAAUAAGUGGAGAAAAAGUUAGUGAGAAUUUCUGAGCUAAAUUUUUGGCAGCUAUUGUGAAAAUUCUAGGCGAAUUAGGUACAGACUUAGGGAGUGUUUUGGUUAGGAAAUUUUCCGGUGAAUAUUCCUAGAAAAAGAAAAUUUAGAAAAAACUAAAAUUUAUACGGGAAAAACGGGCCAAAGUGGAAGACUAAAGAAUUUUCCGGGCGUUUUUUGGAUUUUCUGAGGAAAAUUUUGGGUUUAGAGGAAAAUUUUUGGCAUGAAAUUGUAGAGCGGAAAAUUUCCUAACCGAAAUACUCCCUAAGUGAAGUGAUAGGAAAAGUUUUAACGAAGUUAUGGUGAAAAAUGUAAUCUUAGGGAAGAAAAGUGGGGAAAUAGUGAAUUUUUAGAGAAAAAGGUGGAAAUUUAUCGAAAAAUUAGGGAAAAUUGCAAAGUUUUUUAGGGAAGAAAAAUAUAGUGUAAAGUUAGGAAGGUUUUUUAAGGGCAAUUAGUGCAGACGCACUUACGGGUGUUAGGAAAUUAUUGUGAUUAUGCACUUGUUUGGUGUUUUAAAGAGAUACUCACGGUGUUUAUGUUUCAAUUGGAGGGGAGAUUAAGGAUCUGGGGGUGAAUAAUUGCGCACCUGUCGAUUGUUUUAAUUUGUGGUUUGUUUUAAUUGAGUGGGCGUGAUUAAAUUAGGUAAUUUUUCGGAGUUUAGGAGGGAAAAAUCUCCUCGGAAUUUUAAUUAGGAAGAAGAUUAAAACGACGGAAUGUCAGGCUCGGAAAAAGACGCCGGAUUUUGCAGCGGCGAGGACGAGAACUUGCACUCUCCAAGCGGCUCGGAGGACAGUGUGGAGGUCCAGAUCUCCCCAAUAUCCCUGCGGAACAAGCGGAAGCUUGCGGAGCCAAAAAAAGCCUUAAAAUCUGACCCCAAUCGUCCGCUGAAGAAAAGAAGGCUCAUCGAGCGGAGCAGUUCUCCGUUUCGGCCAUGGAGCUCUCCGGAGAAAGAGGAAGAGGAUCGCUGGAGGCUGGAGGAGGAGCGGAGGAGAGAGGAGGAAGUCCAGCGGCUGUACGAGGCUCAAAUUCACGCUCAAGUCCUCGCCAGGCUUCAGAUUGCGGCUAAGAGCCAGGAAUUGAACCAAGAUUCAAGAUUCCGUACGGCUAACUUACACCAAGAUACUAUCAGCCGUACGGCUACUCCCCACUUAGACUCUAAUUUUCCUACCAGAGCUGUUUUAAAAUCCGAAAUUAAUUUAAAUAAAUCUAGCUUACCUCCUGAGGCUAAAAUCCGCACGGCGAGCUUACAAUCUGAGUCUAGGCUCCGUGCGGCUACUCCAUAUCCCGAAACUGGUUUUCGGGAAGCUUCACAAUCUAAAGAAGAUUUCCGUACGGCUUCCUUACACCAAGAAGUUAUUAGCCGUACGGCCACUCCCCGGCUAAACUCUAAUUGUUCUACCGGAGCUGUUUUAAAAUCUGAAAUUAAUUUAAAUAAGUCUGGAUUAAAUACUGAAGGUAAAAUCCGUACGGCUAACUUACAAUCUGAAUCUAGGCUCCGUACGGCUACUCCAUAUCCAGAGAAUAACCUUAAUACUUCAACUUUUCAAACAGAAGGUAGAUUCUGUACGGCUGUAAUUGAUCUAGAAGGUAAUAUCCGUACGGCUAGCCCCCACCAAGACUCCAACUUUCGACCAGGAGCCGCAAAUUCUGACCCUAGAUUUUUACAAGAGUCCAAAAUCCGUACGGCUAGCUUAGAAUCCAGCUUCCGUACGGCUACCUUACAAAAAAGAAGCCACUCCCCUAGUUAUCGCCUCCAAGACGACUCCACCCACCAAAACGAGCCAUUGGCUCUGGUUCUAAGAGAGGGGCGUGUCCCUCCCCACCCAGGAGUCUCUGAUUUGCCGUACGAAGAUAAAAGAGGCGGGAAAAUUCCUAGCAGUCGGAUGUCUUCGACCAGUGGUGCUCAUUCGGAACAGUCGACUACAAAUCACAGUCAGAGGAACUAUAAAAACAUGACCAGAGAGCGGCGGAUCGAGGCCAAUGCUCGGGAGCGGACCAGGGUCCAUACUAUCAGUGCGGCUUUUAAUACUCUCAGGCGGACCAUCCCCGCCUACUCUCACAAUCAGAAAUUGUCCAAAUUGUCGGUAUUGAGGAUCGCUUGCAGUUAUAUCAUGACCUUGAGUAAGAUUGUUAGGGAGGGGGAAGAUAGUCUGGGGGAGGGGGUAAAUGGGCUGGAGGGGGUAAACGGGGCGGAGCUUGGCGAGUGUGUGGACCUUGUGUCCAGGACAAUUCAGACUGAGGGGAAGCUCAGGAAGAAAAAGGAUGAGUAGGUGAAUGUCUAGUGAUUAGGGGUGAUCAAAUUUUGACGAUCUGCCAUUUUUUAUUUUUAUUAUUAUGUAUAUAAAUGCUUCCAGUUAAUGCCGACUGAUGUUAAGUACAAAAAUUUAUUUUUUUUUAACUAGUAUUUUUUUUUACUCUCUCGCAAUUUUAUUAAAUGGUUAGUUUGAUUUUCGUCAGUGACGAGAUUUAUGUGGUAAAUCAAAAAAAUUUUUUUUACUUUCUGUACCUUAUUAUUGUAACAAUAAUUAUGAUAGU